AUAUAGAUACAUAAACAAGUCUGUGUGUGUAAGGUGCGUGCCACUAGUUGUCGGUCAGUGGUCGAACGAUCCGCUAUGCACCUGUGCUCGCAGAUACAGUGUUAAAACAAUAAUAAUAUAACUUAAUACAAUAAAAAUAAGGUCGAAAAUUAAACGGUGAAGAUGUCGUGGGCCUGUGACCCAGCGCUGACGUCUAUGAUCUUGGACAGCUACCAGGUAGCUGGGCCACUCUUCGUACAAACUCUGCAGACGUUCUUCGCGGCGCAAUGUGCUAUCGCUGGAGACCAUCUUUGGCCUGAUGAUGCUACGGAGGCUGUUCUUAAAGAUCCGAACUAUGACUUCAUAGUGGUGGGCGCCGGUUCUGCUGGGUCGGUGGUAGCGAACCGAUUGAGUGAGGUGCCAGAUUGGAAGGUAUUGCUGGUCGAGGCUGGAGGAAACCCCACCUUAAAUACUGAAAUUCCGCAAGUCUUCUACAACAGCUUGGGUACCGACCUAGACUGGGGGUACAAGACCCAGCCUCAAGAUGCUUGCAGGAGUUACAAAACAAAAGGUUGCGCUUGGCCCCGAGGGAAAGUCCUGGGCGGUAGCAGCAGCAUCAAUGCCAUGUUUUACGUCAGAGCAAACAAACUUGACUAUGACACCUGGGCAGCUGACGGCAACUACGGAUGGAGCUACGAUGAAGUCCUACCAUACUUUCUAAAAAGCGAAAAAUUCACAGGAGACUAUACAAAAGAAAGGAGCAAACACCAUAACAAGGAUGGACCCAUUAAUAUUGUAGAAGUAACAGAUCCUCAUCUAUUCGAAAAUAUUAUCAUACAAGCUGCAGCCGAACUUGGAAUGAAAAACUUAAGCGACGUCAACGGAGACAAUCAAAUGGGUAUAACAGCAGCGCAAUCUAAUAUUAAAGGUAAUGUGAGAUACAGUACUGCUCGAGCAUUCUUGAGCCCAAUUAAAGAUAGGAAAAAUUUACACGUAAUUAAAAACGCCAUAGUGACUAAAGUUUUAUUCCAUCCUGGCUCAAACGCGAUUAAAGGUGUUCAGAUUACCAAAGAUGGUAAAGACAUAAUUGUGAAUGCCAAGAAAGAAGUUGUGUUAUCGGGUGGCUCUAUAAACUCUCCGCAAAUUUUAAUGCUAUCUGGUAUUGGACCGAGGAAACAUUUAGAGGAGAUGGAUAUCGAAGUAAAAGCUGAUCUACCCGUUGGAGAAAACUUACAAGACCACGUAUUCGUUCCUAUGUUUUACACUAUGCCAGGCGAUAAAGAAUUAAUGUCUGUACAAAAUGUAGUAGGUUCGUUUGCCGAAUACUUUUUGAAAGGGACUGGGAUAUUGAAGGAUACUUCGCCGCAUAGAGUCAUUAGCUUUAUGAAUACCACAGACCCUGACGCCUCUUCCCCAGAUAUCCAACAUCACUAUCUGGUUAUGCCUCCCAGUCUACAUGGUAUGCUUGAUGUUUUUCAAAAGCACGGCUUGAGCGACGAAGUUUAUCGUAAAUUCAUUGAGAUUAACACAUCGAAUUUCGUUAUCGUAGUGUACACUGUGUUAUUGUUCCCAAAAUCGAGAGGUAAGAUUGUUCUAAACAGCAAGAAUCCACUUGAGCAUCCUCUUAUAUACGCCAACUAUUUUAAAGAGCGCGAAGAUUUGGACACUUUAAUAACUGCCAUGAAGAAACACUCCUUGAGAUUGGGUGACACUAAAACGUUCCAGGGAGCUGGACUUAAAUUAGACUGGAUUGAGAUUGAAGCGUGUAAAGAUUUUGAGAAGCAAAGCGAUGAACAUUUGGAAUGUAUUGCGAGGGAGCUUACAUUUUCGUUGUAUCAUCCUACUAGUACAGCCAAGAUGGGACCUAAGAAUGAUGGGGAGUCUGUAGUUGACCCAGAGUUGAGAGUACACAAUGUGAAAGGAUUGCGGGUCAUAGAUGCAAGUAUAAUGCCAUUUGUAGUGCGAGGUAAUACUAAUGCGCCUACGAUUAUGAUUGGGGAAAAAGGCGCAGAUAUGAUAAAAAAAUCGUGGUUAGAAAAACACGAAGAACUCUAACAAGUGAUAAGUUAAGUACAAUUCGAGUGUUGCAAAUAAAAUCUGCAAUAAAUUGUGAUAAAUUAUGAAAAAAAUAGGUUUAAGGCAUUAAAAUAAGUACAGUUUUUUU